AUGGAUCAGUCUGAUAUGAAGGUUAAUAUGGACAGAAAGAUCCAAUCGAGAUCUUCGUCAUUUGACAAUAAUGAGGAUUCUUUCCCCAAUGCGAACAAGGAAAACUUAACAUUUGCUGAAGAAAACCAUAAGCAAGAGUUGCUAGAUGAAUAUGGUGUACCAGAUAAGUUGAGAGCGAAUAGAUCGCUGGUAAUCAGAAAGAUGGAAAUUAUGAGGAAACAAUAUACCUCUGUUUUCGCUAUUUGUGUGUUUUUGUUCACAGCUUUCUUAGCCGGUGUUGGUACUGAUUUGAAUUCACAAUUACGUAAUAACUAUACGACGUAUGCAACCAACUCUUACCGUUCACACUCUUUAUUAUCAACUAUUGGGGUUGUUAGUUCUAUCAUCAGUGCAGGUGCGUUGACUGUAUAUGCGAGAUUGUCGGAUGUGUUUGGCAGAAUCAGAUUGUACUUGAGUGCCAUGUUGUUCUUCGUUGUAGGUACCAUCAUUCAGUCGCAGGCAAAUAAUGUUCAAAAAUACGCCGCUGGUACUGUAUUUUACAGUCUUGGAACAGCUGGUAUCCAGGUGAUGAUGUUCAUCAUAAUGUCAGAUUUCUCGUCGUUGAAAUGGAGGUUGUUUUUCACGUUCGCUCCAACUUGGCCAAAUCUUUUCAUACCUUGGAUCACGGGAUCAAUUGUUGAUCGUUUAGAUCCAGUUGAAAGAUGGUCGUGGGGUAUUGGUAUGUGGGCUUUCAUUUACCCGCUGUCCUCUGUGCCAUUUGUAGCUUACUUACUUCUCGUUAGAUAUAAGGCAAGUAAGACUGAGGAAUGGAAAAUGUUGUCCUCGGAGAAAACAUACUACGAAACUCAUGGAAUCAUUCAAACGUUAGUGCAGCUCUUUUGGAAGGUUGAUGUUGUCGGGUUGUUGCUGUUUGUGGCGUUCCUUGGUUGUAUUUUGGUUCCAUUAACUUUGGCCGGAGGAGUGUCUUCACAAUGGAGUAACGGUAAGAUUCUUGGACCUUUCAUUUUAGGCUUCUGUUUGGUUCCAGCGUUCAUCCUUUGGGAAACCAAAUAUGCAAGGUUACCUAUCGCUCCGUUCAAAAUGUUAAAAGAUCGUGGUAUCUGGUCCGCCUUAAUUAUUUCAAUGUUGGCCAAGACGGUGUAUUAUUUGGCUGCUGGGUACUUAUUGACCAUUUUGAUGGUGGCAGUAAAUCAAUCAAGAGGGAUGGCGGCAGUUAUCAUGAACGUGUGGUCAGUUGUUGGUUGUGGGUUUUCUCCAUUUUUCUCAUAUUUCGUUGUUAGGGUUCGUAGGCUCAAACCAUUCAUUAUCAUUGGUUGUGGUAUUUGGAUGGUCUCUAUGGGUCUGUUAUACUACUACAGAAGUGGAGAGCACUCUAAGGGCGGUAUCAUUGGAGCCAUGGUUUUAUGGGGUCUAGGUUCCACAAUGAUCACGAGAACUACUGUGAUUAGUAGUCAAUCUAUCACAGCACAUGAAAAUAUGGCAACAAUUACUGCGAUCAUGUUGGCAAUUUCGAGAAUUGGUGGAGGUAUUGGUUCUGCAGUUUCGGGUGCGAUUUGGACGCAAACUUUAUAUGCCAAACUUGUUGAGACAAUUGGAGACCCAGAAAUUGCUAAGAAGGUUUACCAAUCACCUCUUUCCGCGAUUAGAGUUUAUGCUUGGGGCACACCUACACGUGAUGCCAUUGUUGAGGCUUACAGACAUGUUCAAAGAUUCGAGGUUCUGGUUGCAAUGAUUCUGGUAAUUCCUUUGUUUAUUGCUUCCUUGUGCCUUCGUGAUCCUGAAUUGACCGAUGAAGUUGCUCAUACUGAUAUCAAAGAUGGUGAAUUCAUUGCAGUUGACGGUAAUGAUGCUAUUGCUAACUGGUUCAGCAAUAAAUGGGAAAAUAUUAAACUUAGACGUAGAUCUCAUUCCGAUGAGUAG